AUGGAGACUUCCAGGAAUCUUCCAAAGAAAAGGAAGAGAAAGAGAAGAGUUCAGCCGCCAAAUAAGAGGAGGAGAAUAGUAACACCGGAGAGGGCAAAUGAUGGCGGCAAAGAAAAAAUGAUCAAGGCUUCAAAAAGACCUGGAAGCCCUAUACAGGAGAGGAUCCAGAGAAAGAGGAAGAGGGGAGAAGAGAUGGGGGAAAAAGCUGAUGACAGACCCAGCACGUCCUACAAUACUGACAUGGAACAGCUGUCAGGGACAAUCCCAGCAGACACCCCCAUCCUUGUGACUGGACUGGAAAGCUUCACCUUCCAUAAAAUCCUUGGAGAGGGUGGUUAUGGUAAAGUCAUGCUGGCCACACAUCCCGCCUGCCAACAACAACUGGCAGUGAAGCUGGUGAAGAAGAGGGUCCUGCUUCAGGACUUUAAAGACAAUGUCCUGAUUGAGCGACAGGUCCUGGAGGUGACUGGGAAGAGUCCAUUGUUUACCCAUGCUUAUGCCACCUUCCAGACAAAGGUAAGAGUCUGA